AGCGUCACAUGUAUAUACAAGCAACCCCAUUUGUACGUAAGGGCGAAUAAUGACAAAAGCGUGUUCGCCAUACAGUGGUUACAUAUGUUCGUCCGGUUUCGUAUCAAUGUGUUCUGUGUACCCUACUCGGAAAUCAUAAUUGAUAAGUACAGGAACGAACUCGUCGCACAGCAAGUAGACGCGAAUACGCGUUGGUAGUAGUGGACUAGCAAUAGCAGCGCCGAUAUUCAGCAGUGAUAGUAACUGUAAUGAAGUAUCAGUGGCAGCCACUGCGAUAGUGUUAGUGGUGAUGGUGGUGGCUGAGAUAAGUGCGGGGGACUGAAUGCAUAUCAGCGGAAUUUGUGUCCCACGAAACAGUUUCUCGUGGUUCACAUUGCAGAGGAUGUGCUGUGCGAUCUAAGGUGUCGAGGAUUAGACGAUUGGUACAAUGUUAAAGGAUUAUUCGCCAAUCGUACAGGCGCUCCUAGGAACGUUAUUUACGUGGGCUCUCACCGCAGCGGGUGCCGCACUUGUUAUCGUAAUUAGAGGAAAACAACGUAAAUUAUUGGACAUCAGCCUGGGAUUCGCAGGCGGCGUGAUGAUAGCGGCAAGUUACUGGUCGCUACUGGCACCUGCUAUUGAAAUGGCAACAAAGAGCAAAUUGUACGGAGCGGAAGGCGAAUUCGCGUUCGUACCAAUAGGAGUUGGAUUUCUCAUAGGCGCGGCUUUCGUUUAUGGGACGGACGCGUUGAUAUCUUCCCUUGGCAUUCAGUCCCCCAAUGUGCUUUUAGCUAUGCAGUCAGUCGGUACGAAACAAAGACGCAAGAUCCUUGAAAAACUAAAGAGUGACGAGGAUUUAGACGAUUAUGAUCCGUAUAACGACGUACAGAUAUUUGGUGGAAAAAUGUAUACUCAAAUUGAGUCAACCACCAUCGAUGGUUUCUACGAGCAAAAUACCCGAAGACGACAAAUUGCAAAUGUAGAUAGGCCGGCAGAACAAGAAGAAACAGGCACAAUUUACGAGGAUCCUAACAACGAGUGUAAAAACAAUCAAUGGAGAAGAGUUUUGCUGCUGGUCGUUGCCAUUACGGUGCACAAUAUUCCAGAAGGUCUUGCAGUUGGAGUUGGAUUCGCUGCAGUUGGUAAUAGUGCAUCAGCAACUUUUGAAAAUGCAAGAUUCGUUCUUUCCAAUUCUUUCCAAUCUCGAAUCCGCUCGACGAGCUUUAAGGCAAUUCGCAGUAACGAACUUUGUAAUCAAAUACGAGGAUCAAUAGGGGAAAAGCAACGUUUAUCAUUGUCACUGUAAGAACGUGCACGUGAAUCGACACGUGCACGCAAAUGACUACUUCCGAUUCCGCUGCCCAAGGAUCCAGCGCUCGACGAUCGUCCGCCUAUUUUCAGUCGCGAGCUUGCAGCUUUUCUGCAACGUAGUCAGCCUGGAGAUGGAUGGAAAACGUUUCACCUUCGUAUUGGCAACCAAAAUUUUCACGCUUAUUAGCCAGAGCACCUGGAUAACCCGAGCGUGUUCUUUCCGUACGCUAAAUAUAGAUAGACAGCUUUGUUUCCGAAGCUUGACGAAACUUUCAAUUUUUUGUUUCUGUAACUAAAAAGAUAAGUACGUUUGUACGUGCUCCUCUUUGAAGGCAACUUUUCGCAGAUACAAUUACAAUGGCGAAACUUGUUCUCCGGAUACGUAGUUAUUACGUAAUUUAGUUAAUACAUAAACGUUUUCACGAGGGA